CAUAAGUUGACUCUGUGGCGCAAUGGUAGCGCGUCUGACUCCAGAUCAGAAGGCUGCGUGUUCGAAUCACGUCGGGGUCAGCUUGAUUUUUGUUUCCAAAAACAGCAUACAAAGAUAUCUGGCUUUUAUUUCACAUGCAUGAAAAACACCACUAAAUUGACCCCUAGAAGUAUAAGAAUGUACUCAUUUUUUUGAUCGCCGAUCAUACACUUAACUUUGAACCUUCCACGCCUCCCUCCUCUCCACCCCAUAGAAACUGGUUUAGUAAUCAGUGCUUUCAAUUUUUACUUCGGGAACGACUACAAAAUCCAGGAGAAAUUGGAAGCAGUCUGUAUGCAAAAUGGGGGGCAAACAAACUGUAUUUCGAGCAAUUGGGGAAAAAGGAGAGAGAAUUUACUCGCUACUUUGCUCAGGCUAGAAGGAAGCAGAUCAAAUUGGAAAUGACCUCGAUUUUUUUUUCCUGUUGAGUUUCUGGGAAACGGCUGCUCACCCGGCCCACCCCUCUCCUCAGCCAUCAUUUUCCUCAAGUAAGAAGUAAGUGUUAAUGUUAGCUUAGAGGAGGGGUGGGUGGGCAGUUUCCCAGAACCCUAAAUUGAUCCCAAAUUUAUAGCUUGUUACAGAAUGUUACGAUAAAAAUUAGAACAGGAAACAGGAAACGGGUACCGAGCACCUGAAACAGGAAAAUGAAACUGAGUGGAAACUUAACCCGUGGCCAUGACAGCAGUACCUUCAUUACUCACUCUCUGUUUUGUUCCCAUUCUUCAUUUUCCCGUUUCCAGUGCUCGGUACCUGUUACCCGUCUUUCAGUCAAGUCUCUCUCAGACGGACACCUUUGGAACGGGUCCUGACCAGGGUCCUGACCAGGGUUCUAUCUAGGAUUUAUGGUUUGGAGAAGUCCCGAGUGGCCGAAGGCGUCGAGUUUCCUAGGGGGUUCACGAGUAAGCUCCCCCGGAAAUUUUUGGAAAUGAGUAUGCCCUGAGAUGCAAUCUGGUGCAUUUUGAGACACAAUUUUGAGAAAUGUUACAGUGUGUGCACCGACCUCGUCGCGUCUGGAUAAUUUUUCUGAUAUAGCUACUUAUAUGCUGUAAUGAUAACAAUAUUUUUUAUGGGGGAAGUCAGGCAUUUUGUACCCUAGAUAGAACCCUGCUGACUGUCCGUCUUAGAGAGGUGUCCGGCUUAUAGAGUCAAGGUAACGUGACACCAGAAGAGUUGAAAUAUUUUCUCAUUGUGCAAUCAAAAGUUCAUUUAACGUUCACCUGCUCGUUAUCUAAAAGUGUAACAGUAUACACUCUAAGAAAUAGAGCAAGACUACAAAAUAUCAAACAUUUUGCGAUUUACUGUUAUGUAGAGCACCUCAGUGCAUUUUCGUUCUGAGGUAUUUUGCACUGCAUAAAGAACUUCCAAAUUUUGAAAUUGUCCGUUGACGGUUUCAAAAGUGUCCGUUGUCCUUCUUCCGUCUUAUAGAGAGUAUAGUUACAGUAAAAUGAAUGAAAAACGGCGGCGACCAACACCAGGUGUCCGUCUUGUAGAGGUGUCCGUUAACUGAAAGUUGACCGUACUAACAUCUGUCGGUUAUAUGCCCAAAAAGCGGCCUAAAAAGCAAAAUUCGGAGGAAAAGCCUAGCCAGCUUUCAUUCAGCUUCGAUUUCUACUGUUCGAUUUCUUUACUACCCGGGGUGCUUACCACUUCACAGAAAACUCGGAAAUUCCGGAUGGAAAGUAAAUGGUAAUGUCACUUUUCGGAAAUUCCAACCGAAAAUUGAGGAGUACGUUUUGAGGUAGUCCGUUAAUUCCGGUUGGUACGAACAAACGGAAUGUUACGUACCAUCCAAUUUCUCAGUUCCUUCUCGGUUCCAGACUCACGCUACUCAAAUCUCCCCCUCUUUGGAUUCAAACCGUAACGGAUAUGGCAAUUCUGCAGUAAACUGGUCAAUCGCUUACCAUUAUCACGCUUUCGACAUCCCGGCCGGAUUCUUCUGUCAAAUGGUAAGCACCCCCGCUUUUGCGCUUCUCGAAGUCCUAUCCGUUUUCCUUUUCUUUACUUUUGCGAGUGUGACGGGUCUCACACUCUUUGCACAUGAAAGAGGAUUUCUUUGUAGUCUGUUCACAGUCCAUCUAUUUUCUUACUAUAGCGAUCGAGUGCGCCAAUGAAAUAAGAGCCACUGUGGAUUCAUUGACCAGAUGUAUGCGGUUGACUACAGCAAUGGCUGGCUCAUUAGGUCAUAAAAACGAAUUUCAAGGGGCUAUGCCGCGCUAUUUGCUAUGAAUGCUAUCUUCUUAAAAAAAAAAAAUUAGUCUUUACACCAACUGAAUUCCAAAAAUAAUGGUUAAAGACUAUAUUUAGGCACUGAAACUGAUUCCCGUCCUCUAUAGACCGUUUUCACUCACGUGUCCAGCAUCUACGCAAAUUUAUUGGAACAAAAGAAAGCGUUUACAUAACAAAAGAGAUCACUUCCCACAGGACUGGUUUGAGACACCAACAUGGCCGCCGUGACGUCACGUGAAUACGCUCUAUUGCAAUGGAUGGCAGAGGUGGACAUGGAUUGAAACUUGAAAUACAUGGAGUUGGGCCAACUUUUCCAAGUUUUAAUGCUAUGCAUGCAAAAUUCACCAAAUAAAGUAUUAUUGUUAGUGCUUCCUGAUGAAAAUUGUUUGAUGUCUUCUUCAUACCGUGAAAUUCCGAAAAUAAGUCCCUCCACGUAUAAGUCCCUCCAGAUAUAAGCCCCCCAAACUCGUAACGCAAAAAACUCUCCGUUAAAUCGCCCCACCAAAUAUAAGCCCCCCUGGGGGCUUGUACUUGGAAAUUGCCCUCAAAUACAAAGUAAAACAAAGGAAAAACGGUCAAUUUCCAUUCAACUAUAAGGCUAGCCCAAUCGAUUUUGAAACGCAAAUUUCCCUCCGUAGAUAAGCCCUUCUGAAUAUAAGGCCCUCCAAAAAUAAGCCCCUCAAAAAGGGCCUUUGAAAAAUGUAAGCCCCAGGGCUUAUUUUCGGAAUUUUACGGUAACUCUUCAGGAGCAUUUUGUGUAUGGGUGAUGAGGUACAGAGUAAAGAUACAGAAGCACAGA